CUUUGUUACUAAUACCUGUUCAUUCUCUUUCAGUGGAACAGGAAUGGAUGGGAAGAAAUGCAGCGUAUGGAUGUUUUUACCUCUUGUAUUUACUUUAUUUACUUCGGCUGGAUUGUGGAUAGUAUACUUUAUAGCUGUGGAAGAUGACAAAAUUUUCCCAUUAAAUUCAGCUGAAAGGAAACCUGGUGUGAAGCAUGCACCAUAUAUAAGUAUUGCAGGUGACCAACCUCCUGCAAGCUGUGUGUUUAGUCAAGUCAUGAACAUGGCAGCAUUCCUAGCUCUUGUGGUAGCUGUUCUGCGCUUCAUACAACUGAAACCAAAGGUUUUAAACCCGUGGCUGAAUAUUAGUGGAUUGGUGGCCCUGUGUCUGUCUUCCUUUGGAAUGACCUUACUUGGUAAUUUUCAGCUCACGAAUGACGAAGAAAUCCAUAACGUUGGCACCUCCUUGACCUUUGGAUUUGGCACGUUGACAUGCUGGAUCCAGGCUGCAUUGACACUCAAAGUCAACAUCAAGAACGAAGGACGCAAAGUUGGAAUCCCACGAGUUAUCCUAUCAGCAUUGAUCACUCUCUGUGUGGUCCUCUACUUCAUCCUCAUGGCCCAGGGCAUCCACAUGUACGCAGCCCGGGUCCAGUGGGGCCUGGUCAUGUGCUUCCUGUCCUACUUUGGCACCUUCGCCGUGGAGUUCCGGCAUUACCGUUACGAGAUUGUUUGUUCUGAGUACCAGGAGAAUUUCCUGAGCUUCUCAGAAAGCCUGUCCGAAGCUUCUGAAUAUCAAACUGACCAGGUGUAACCCAUCAGUUUUUCCUUGCUGGUGAGCUGGGUGUGACAGUGGAAGAGGGGCCUGGAGGGCACACCCACUGGACUUGACACAUCACCUCAUGACACAGUUUACACACACACACACACACACACACACACACACACGAGUUCAUGGCCACAUUUGCCAAAUGAGCUUUUCGGGGCGAGUUAUUUUCUGUAACAAAAAAAGCACAAGCCCUUUACAUGUCAAAACACACGCUGCCACACUGAAAAUAUAUGCACGACAGAGCAAGAAGUUUGCGUAUGAUCACCGAUAUUCUCCCUCUCCCCCAGUACUCCCGGCUCUUCACCCUCCUCAUGUUUCACACAUUGCGAUCACCCUACCGUAGGGUAGAGCAGGCCAAAUGUAUCAUGGGAAUAAUGCCAACUCCCCAAGUUGCCUUCAGCUCCCAAGGGCUUGGGACCAGCGCCUGAGGGGGUUCUGAACCUGGCACUGACGCUCUUGAAUGCACAGUGUGUCGUCUCAUUGGAUGGAGGCUGUACAGAGAAUGACUCUGGGUAACCUGUGAGGCUAUAACUUCGCCACAAAAACCCAUCCCUGUUCAAUGGGUGGCUGUGAGGAUUCAGCAAAAGAGGAAUUCGCUACAAACUGUGAGGGUGAAGCCCACCAUCGUAAUUCGGACGUUACUGUGACCAAGAAACAUUUCCAAAUGUGAACGUGUGCGGUCUGCUCGGCAUGGAACAGGAUGGGCCGAUGAGGGUGUGCUUUCCUUGUUGCUUCUAGAGUAUGCUGUCUGUCAUUUUUGUUUUCUAGUUCAUGGCUUGCCUUCUUUUUUUAAAAAUAACUACCAAGGGUCUCUGGAGGUUUCAUGGACAAAGACGUAGGCCAGAAGCAAGAGAUGAGCUUGUUUUGGUUUCAAUCAUGAUAAAAGGAAAAAAACCCAAGGAGGUGACCUGCAGGCUUCAUGUGCUGCUUUCAUGUUUGAAGCUAAGAAUGUGUUCACAGAAAAGCACAAAGAAGCGUGUGGAGGUCAUGAGAGAGCUCCUGCUGGCCAUUCAUGAAAGACGGGAGUUUCCCAGCAUCUUGUUGUAAGUCCAAGUCAGGGGAGCGCUGCUUCCUAUGUGCUAGGAGUCAGAUUUUGUAUUGGGGGUGGUGGGGAAGGGCUUUUAUAAGAAGCCAAUUAAAAGAUUAUCUCUCCCUCCUCCCCCCUACAAAUUGGCACAGCUGUCCCCUGAUGCCUGACAGGUAGCCCCACCUGCUAAGAGUGUGGAACUCAAACUGUAGGCCUGGUCUUUUGAGGCUGUGUUUCAUAGAAAAGAAUAGAAUUGGACAUAGACCACGUUGACAGACCCUCCCUUCUUGUUUCAAGAAAUCCCCAAAUUUACUUUAUAGGGGCUUGGGAUUUCGUGGAAUACAAUGUGAAAACUUUUUUUUUUUUUUAAUUCAACCUAAACUCAGCUUUUUGAGGAGCGGGGGGUGUCAAUGACUUUUCAUCUCUGUGUAUAUCUCCACCUCCUACACAGUGCCUGGCACACAAUAGGUGCUCACCAAAUGUCUGUGGAACAGAAUUAUGGGUCAUUUAAGAGUGGGGAAAAGAAGUAUCAGAGAAAGAGGAGCGAGAGAAUGGAGGAUGAUUAUUUCUAGGAAGACGCGAAUGAUAGGAGUGAGAAUACUUGUGAGGAAAAUAAUCAAGCAGAGAAUAUUCUAUUACAACGGUAUCUUACUGUAAAUAGUCCAAGGUGACAUUUAUCAUUCUAAAAUACUGCUUUUGGUGUGUUGUUGUUGUUGUUGUUGUUGUUUUCAUUUUUAUAUUUUAAAAUUUUUAUCAGAGAACAAAGGUUUAUGAACUUCUCUGUUACUCUAUACAACCCAAAUUAAACAGCUUUUGUUGAUGAACUGUACACUUUCUUAUGAACAUAUCUUCUAUAGCACAUUUUAGCGGAAUCAAGCAAUGACUGACAUUAUUUGUUGGGAUCUGACCACUAAAUAAAAUUUUUAUGCGAAUUG